GUCCCAGUCAUCGCUUCCCCUCCCGAGCUGGGGGCUGGGAGCGGGCGGUCCCCUCCGCCCCGGGCUGCUCCGCCCGCGCUCGGGCAGGGCCACUACAGAGCUGGGAGAGCUGAUCCCAGGCUCGCAGCUCCCCUGGACGGAGCGCCGGCUCGGUCCCUGCUGCGCCAGCCCAGCCGCCGUCCCUGGCCGCUCUCAGCAAUGAGGGUCCUGAGCGCGCGCUGCCGGCUGCUGCUGGUAUGCCUCGCCCUGCUGCUGCCAGCCUCGGAGACAAACUUUUUGUCAAAAGAACGUGCUUCACAAGUUCUGGUAAGGAAGCGCCGUGCAAAUACCUUGCUUGAAGAAACUAAAAAGGGCAAUCUUGAAAGAGAAUGCAUUGAAGAACUCUGCAAUAAAGAGGAGGCCAGGGAAGUCUUUGAAAAUAAUCCUGAAACGGAUUAUUUUUAUCCAAAAUAUUUGGUUUGUCUGGGCACCUUCCGCGCAGGCGCAUUCAGUGCUGCGCGGCAGUCUGUUAAUGUUUACCCUGACCUCAGGAGCUGUGUCAAUGCCAUCCCAGACCAAUGUGAUCCAUUGCCAUGCAAUGAAGAUGGUUAUCUGAGCUGCAAAGACGGCCAAGCUGCUUUUACUUGCAUCUGCAAACCAGGAUGGCAAGGAGACAAGUGCCAAUUUGAUGUAAACGAAUGCAAAGAUCCCUUAAAUAUAAAUGGGGGCUGCAGCCAGAUUUGUGACAACACUCCUGGAAGUUACCACUGCUCCUGCAGAAGUGGCUUUGCUAUGCUUUCAAAUAAAAGGGACUGCAAAGAUGUGGAUGAGUGCUCUCUGAAGCCCAGUGUUUGUGGCACAGCUGUGUGCAAGAACACUCCAGGAGACUUUGAGUGUGAAUGUCCUGAUGGCUACAGAUAUGACCCCUCAUCAAUGUCUUGUAAAGAUGUGGACGAAUGUUCUGAGAACAUGUGUGCUCAACUAUGUGUCAAUUACCCUGGAGGCUACUCUUGUUACUGUGAUGGGAAGAAAGGAUUCAAGCUUGCCCAGGAUCAGAAGAGUUGUGAGGGAAUUCCAGUGUGCCUUCCCUUGAACCUUGACAAAAAUUAUGAAUUAUUAUACUUGGCCGAGCAGUUUGCAGGAGUUGUCUUAUAUUUGAAAUUUCGUUUGCCAGAGAUUACCAGAUUUUCAGCUGAAUUUGAUUUUCGGACAUAUGAUUCCGAGGGCAUCAUAUUGUAUGCAGAAUCUCUUGAUCAUUCAAAUUGGCUCCUGAUUGCACUUCGUGAUGGAAAGAUUGAAGUUCAGUUCAAGAAUGAGUUUUCAACCCAAAUCACAACCGGAGGCAAUGUUAUUAACAAUGGUAUAUGGAAUAUGGUAUCUGUGGAAGAAUUAGAUGACAGAGUCAGCAUUAAAAUAGCUAAAGAAGCUGUGAUGAAUAUAAAUAAACUUGGGAGCCUUUUUAAACCUACAGAUGGGUUUCUGGACACCAAAAUAUACUUUGCAGGAUUACCUCGGAUAGUGGAAAGUGCACUCAUUAAACCGAUUAAUCCUCGUCUGGAUGGAUGUAUACGAGGUUGGAACUUGAUGAAACAAGGGGCUUUAGGUGCAAAGGAAAUUAUUCAAGGAAAACAGAACAAGCAUUGCUUCCUCACGGUGGAGAAGGGCUCCUACUACCCUGGUUCUGGAAUUGCUCGGUUCAGCAUAGAUUACAAUAAUUUAACCAAUGCAGAGGGUUGGCAAAUAAAUGUGACUUUGAAUAUUCGUCCAUCCACUGGCACUGGAGUUAUGCUUGCCUUGGUUUCUGAAUACAAAGUGCCAUUUGCCUUGUCCUUGGUGGGCUCCAGCUCCGAAAAUUCUCAGGAUAUUGUGGUAUUUGUUGAAGAUACAAUGGUGGCUCGAAUAGAGGCGGUAACUCUGUGUUCUGACCAGCCAUCCCAACUGAAGUGCAACAUUAACAGACAUGGCCUGGAACUGUGGAGCCCACUUCAGAAAGAGGUCAUCUACUCCAAAGAUCUUCAAGAGCAUCUUGCAGUCUUGGACAAAGCAAUGAAGGGAAGCGUGGCCACUUACCUUGGUGGCAUUCCAGAUCUUUCCUUCAGUGCCACACCAGUCAAUGCCUUUUACAGUGGCUGCAUGGAGGUGAACAUCAACGGUAUGCAGUUGGAUCUGGAUGAAGCCGUUUCUAAACACAAUGACAUCAGAGCUCACUCAUGCCCUUCAGUUAGGAAAAUCCAGAAGAAUGUCUAAAGUCUGUUUUCUGUGCUUAUAAUACCCCUUUCCUUGUAAUUAUGCUAAUGUUUCUAUCACCAGCUGGCCAGUGUCACCUGUGAUGUGCAAUGUUUGAAAUGAUGUGGUACUUUGUCUUUCAGAUUUUUGUUAUACAAACCACGUUUUUUUUUUUUUUUAAGUCUUCUAUUGCAGUCUAGAAAUGAAAUAAUGAAAGUUUUAACCCGAAAGUUUUAUGUCUCAGUUUAUUUGCUAUAAAUGACACUGCUUUAGUUUAUUAUUUAAGAUUUCACCACCAUUGAAGUAGUAUUUAAAUAUAAUUUUUUUUUUUUUUUUUUUUUGGUCAGAAAGUGAAUCAGUGAAACCCAAACAAAAGCUUGUAUGGCUAAAUGCUAACAGUUGCAGACAGACACUGUAUUUGUGUUGCUGUUCCCCGCUCCACCACCUUGUAGGCAGCAGAGCUGCUAGCAUUCUGAAUGAGAAUAGAAAAUCUGGAAGCUUUAUUCCAAAGUAGUUUCGUGGAGGGGCGUGUGGCUAGCCCAGGCUCCAUCUUUCUUUUACCUAGCUUUACAGUUGAGCCAAGGCCUUCUGUGGAUUAGGGAACAAGGGCUGAUUUUCCAGGGAGCAGGGGCACGUGAAGGUUGCCUGGAAGGCAUUGAUUUCUAUCAGAGAUGCUGUAAGGGGUGUGAACACUGGGUGGACACAUUUCACACCUCUGGGCCACACAAAGUCUGAAUCAGAAAGGCAGCAGCCCUUAGUGGUGGGGAGGAAAGUGAACCCGUGAAGAAAUGCAUAGUUUUCGUUCACCCUGGGUGUGCAUUACCGUAGCUGGCUUGAAUGUGAUUGUUAAAGUUGAACUGCGAUGAGAAGUACAGUAGACUUUUAAACAAAUGGAUAAUGAUAAGAGGGAUGCUGGAAAAUGGUUACGUUCCAACUUUGUAAUGAAGUAUGGAGGUAAGGUUGUCAAGCAUUUGCUGGUAGUGCAUCCCAGGUGGCAGGCUGGUGUGUUGUUCCAAUCAUUUGAGGUGUGUGUCAGACAUUUUGUUGCCGUCUGAGUUAUCAAAUUUUAUUUUACUGUAGAUAUUUUACAUCACCUGAAAAAUAAUAAAGUGAUAUGUAUUUUUGAA